AUGGUUUUGAAAAAAAGAUUGAGAUCAGAUACAUCGUUGUUGGACGAACAAUUACCUCUCAAUGACAUUGAGCUCUAUCAACAGAAUAACCAUCAACUCCACGAAGCUUUGGAGGAAUAUCGCAAGGAAAAUGAUACUUUAUAUCGCAACAAUGUUAUUUUAUCCAGAAAAAAUGAUUGUCUAGAUCUCUUGCUAGUCUCGAUCUCAUCUCUCUGGGAUAUGCUUAAUUCAGAUAUCGAUAAACUUUUAUCUCAGCGGAUUUCAAAUUAUUCUUUGGAAUCUUCCAAAUCGAGUGACAAACAAUAUGAUGGUACUAAGUUACAAACUAGCUCGAAUUCUGGAUUUUGGGAGAGAUUGAUAGAUGUAAAUUUUCCAUUUCAACUAUCAACUACGGAUUGUAAGCAAUUGGAUGUAGAUUUGGAUAACUUAUCAUAUAUUUACGACAAUGACGAUUGUUUAUUAGCGGAUGUCGAUUAUUCUGGAAAUGAUGAAGAAUGGUUAAGAGUUAAAGAUAUUUUUAUUCAGAACAAACUAAGUUUUUUCAACAAGAAAAAAAAUGAUUUGUUAACAUCUAUAAAAUCAUUUUGUUUAUCGAAAAAUAAUUCCAAUGAAGAUAGUUUUAAAACGGAUCAGGUUAUAGAAUCAUCUGUGGAUAAUAAUCAGUGUCUGAGCAAAACUGAAGUUACACAAUUGUUGAAAUUUGGUUGUUUCAACUAUAAAAAAUUACUGAUUCUAUUGAAUGAAAAGCACAAAACAUUGAAAGAAGUUGUAAAUAAUCUGAGAAUUGAAAAUUCUAGGUUGGAUAAACAGAAUUCGCUUUUAAAAUUUGAACUUAAAUCGUGCAACACAGAUUCUAAUCCAUCACCUAGCAAGAACAUUACACCAAUUUCAUCAAUUGAAGCAUCCUUUGAUGUAUCUUCAACUAUAGGAGAUAGUUGUAACGUAAAAGUUAUAGAUAAUAUCGAUGAUGUUUCUGAAGAAUUGAUAAUAGGUUCUUCACUAUAUUUGAAAUUAUUUUCCCAUUGUAAGGGUUUGGAUGAUGAAAUAUCAAGGCUAGAAAAGGAGAAUUCUCAGUUGAAAAUAGAUAUAUCUAAUAUUGUACGUGCUUUAGAUGAGAAAUAUUCAGCUUUUAAAGAGAAAUAUGAACAGCUGAGCACCUCCGUUUUGGAUCAGGUUGAAAAAUAUGAAAUACUAUGUUCUCAGAAGGAACAGGACUUGUUGCUUUUGAAGAACGACUAUUCAGCUUUGAAUAAAAAUUUUGAAGAAAAAAAUAAGGAGAAUGAAAAACUCUUGAUCGAGUCAAGCGAAAAAGAUGAUCGUAUAAUGCAGUUGACGGCGCAUAAUACAUCCUUAUGUCGUCAAUUUGUACAAAAUACAUCAACUUCUAGUUCACAUCCGGAAUUAGAAGAUUUUAAAGAGCAGUUGUUGAAUAUAUCUGAAGAGUUAGAAAUGAUCAGUACUGCGUUCGAGGAAAAGAAACGAACAUGUGAUGAAGUAAUGCGUCAGCUUAAUGAUAAUACUACUAAUAAAGAAAAGAUAAUUUCAUUGCAAACAUCCUACAAUACAGUGCAGGAAAAGUUAAAUAAGAUAGUUUCAAUUUGUGAUUCUAAAUUAUCAAAUUAUACCCAACACAAGGAAACCUUAGAGAACAUUAUACAAGAUUACAAGGAUAGUUGGUUUCACUCAUAUAAACGAUCUUGUUAUUUAGAACAGCAGCGUGAUAAUGCGUAUUCAGCGUUGUCCGAAGUACAGUCCCAAUAUAGAAAGUCUUGCAGAACACAAAAGGCUCUACAAAAUAGACUUUCAUUAAAUGACCAGAGUACUGCAUCAGAAAUGGGGGAUAGCUUAAUAAGCAUGUCAGACACAAAUCAUGUAUUUAGAGAAAAUGAGAUACUUAGGAGACGAAUGACAUGUACAGUUUGUUGUGAAAGUUUCAGAGAUCACUGCAUAACCAAGUGCGGUCACGUAUUUUGCCAAAAAUGCCUAAAUAAUAGUAUAAAAUCAAGGAAUAGGAAAUGUCCUCAAUGCAAAAUAAAUUUUGACAAGAAUGAUACACAGAGAAUCUUCUUAGACUAA